AUGGUGCCUCCUAACUCAUCCACUCACUCCCCUGGUGACGACGAUGCGAGCCUCGCGAGCUCCGUCAAGACAUCGAGCCCUGUUAAGGCCACGAGCCCCGUCAAGGCAGCCGACCCCAACAAGACCACCAGUCCGUCUAGCCCUAUCAUUCUCGUCGAGCGUGAGCCGCGCCCUGUCCCAAUCGACUCGGCGCGCUAUUGGAUGGCGCAUGGGCGGUACAUCUACGACGCGGACGGUAACCCGGUCAUCCCUUCAAACAUGCGCGACGAGGGCCCGGUGAUGCUGGAGCCAUAUCCACAGGAUCGCGCCGCACCCGCCUGGGACCCCAUGCCGAGCGACCCAACCCAGCGCACCGAGUUCACGAUCCAAGAAGAUGAGAUCGCGCGGGCCUUUCGUGCGCUUGACGUCGAGAGCCAGGCGAAGCGCAGGGAUGAGAUUGUCAAGAACACCUUCUCCAAGUCCAAGGGCUAUGGUCAGAACACGUUUGCUGGCGUGAACAAGGAGCGCGCCGCGCGUGGUGAGAUGGCGCAUCACUACGAUCCUGAGGGAAAGAGGUCGGCAACGAACAACCCCACUGGCAACUUUCCUCCAUCGCGCCCCCAACCCUCCCAGCAGGUAGUUGCUAUUGCCUCCCAGUCUCCUCAAGCUUCUCAACAGUACCCGAUGAUGUACACGCAGCAGCAGAUGCUUCCGCCGGCCGCGCUCCCGCUUUCACCGACCAUGGCGCCCUUCACUCCUUUUGUAUCCACUGUUAACCAUGUUCAGCAAGCGGGCUCUACGAUGUAUCCUCAGCAGGCUGUCUACGGACAACAGCUCCGUGGUGCCAGUUACCCAAACACCUACCAGCCCGUCAAUCAGUUGUCGCCCCAGCCCACGUAUGCCAUGCCCAACGCCUACAGUCCUGACAACGUUCCUGUUGGUCCAGCGAUCUAUGGCUCUCCCAAGCAGCAAAUGCGGCGUUCGUACUCGCAGAUGACGACUCCUGGCGGCACACCGCAAAUGAAGCCCGGCCAGCAGCCUGUCGCAUACCUCCCGACAGGACUCUUGGAGACACCCGUUCUGACAUACGCUGUGCCCGCCAAGCAGGACAUGGGUAUGUACGACCUGGGAAUGCAGCAGCAGAACCAGCAUCAAUACCAGCAACACCAGCAGCAGUACCACCAGCGGCAGUACUACCAGCAGCCGGGACCGCAUUAG